CAUCUCGGCUUCCGUAGCAAGAAGAGGCGUAUGACUGCUUCUCUUGACGUGGAAUAUUUCCGUGCAGGGACGAUGGAGAAGUAGCAGCACGGUGAAGCUGAAAACCAACAGAUCCAGACGGGAUUUUAAGCCCUGAAACCCAGUCAGGUCCGGCUUGUUCCGGAUCCGACAGAACCCAGUCAAGUAGAGGCUGAAGCCGCCGCGCUCUCCGCCUCCCCCCUUCAGCUACAAUCAUGAUUAAAGCCAUUCUAAUAUUCAACAACCACGGCAAACCGAGGCUUUCUAAAUUCUACGAACAUUAUAAUGAAGACACAGAGCAACAGAUCAUCAGGGAAACUUUCCACUUGGUCUCGAAAAGAGACGAAAACGUCUGCAAUUUCCUAGAAGGUGGAUUGUUGAUUGGAGGAUCGGACUACAAGCUGAUCUACAGACACUACGCCACGUUGUACUUCGUGUUUUGUGUCGACUCAUCAGAGAGUGAAUUAGGAAUUUUAGACUUGAUCCAGGUUUUCGUGGAAACGCUGGACAAAUGCUUUGAGAAUGUCUGUGAGCUUGACUUAAUUUUUCAUGUAGACAAGGUCCACCACAUUCUGGCAGAGAUGGUGAUGGGUGGGAUGGUCCUGGAGACCAACAUGAACGAAAUCAUCACGCAGGUGGACGCCCAGAACAAGAUGGAGAAAUCUGAGGCUGGCAUCGCAGGAGCACCGGCUCGCGCAGUGUCAGCGGUGAAGAACAUGAACCUCCCGGAAAUGCCCAAAAACAUCAACAUCGGCGACAUAAGCAUAAAAGUGCCAAAUUUACCUUCCUUCAAAUAGCGGCAGCAAGAUCCAUGAACCUUGAGGUGUCAGCCGAUGUUUACCGCGAUGCGAUCUGUUUACCAAAACUUCAGAAUACUAACUUUUAUCAGUCUGGAAGGUACUGUGUGAUUUCACACUCCAUGUUGUGAUGUUAUCUCCUUGGGUUCAUUGUUGAGCAACAUAUUAAAAUGUUUUGGGGUUCUUUUCUGUUUGAAGGACAAAAGAGAAGUAUUUAUCAGAUUUACAUUCCUUCUGUUUCGCUGCAGGUUGGCUCGUAGCAUUCAGCACCUCCAUUAUAGAUCUGUGGCGUUUUGUUACUGAAAGGAAAUGAGAAACCAACACAAGUGUUUACUUUAAAGAGGAAGGAUGAUGGAUUUUUUUGGGGCGGGCAGAUACAUUCAAAUGAGUAUGAAAUAUUUCCAAAUCAGCCGCAGUGUUUGGAUAUAAAUUAAAGAACAAUAGUAAAUUAGGGAGGAUAAGGAAUUUAGACAUGCAUAAAUGCUAAUUUUGUUAAGUUUUUUUCUGAUUGGUUUGUGGACCAUUUAAAAAGAUUUGUCAUGUUUUAUGGAAUGAUUAUGUUAAUUUUCUGCUGUGUAUGAUUUUACUUUGCUUCUUUUUCAACAAUAAACUGGCAAAACCCAA